AUGCCGAAGGACCAGAGGGAAAUCCACAAGAGAAUUCUCCAAAAACGCCGAAGGACCAGAUGGAAUCUACAAAAGAAUCCUCCAAAAAAAAAACGCAAAAAGGCUGGAGGAAAUCCACAAAAGAAUCCUCCAAAAAAAGAAACGCCGAAAGGCCAGAGGGAAAUCCACAAGAGAAUUCUCCAAAAAAACACCGAAGAACCAGAGGAAAAUCCACAAAAGAAUCCUCCAAAAAAAAAACGCCGAAGGACCAGAGGGAAAUCCACAAAUGAAUCCUCCAAAAAAAAAAACACCAAAGGAUCAGAGGGAAAUCCAACAAGAGAAUUCUCCAAAAAAAAAUGCCAAAAUGCUAGAAAAUUCACUAGAAGACUACCGAAGGAUUCCACAAGAGAAUUUUCCAAAAAAAAACACCGAAGAACCAGAGGGAAAUCUACAAGAGAAUUCUCUAAAAAAAAAAAUGCCGAAGGACCAGAGGGAAAUCCACAAAAGAAUCCUCCAAAAAAAAACGCAGAAAGACCGGAGGGAAAUCCACAAGAAAAUGAGAAAAGCCCACAAGAAAGUUCUUCAAAAAAAAAAAAUGCCGAAAGACAAGAGAAAGUCCGCAAGAAAGUUCUUCAAAAACGUCGAAAGACAGGAGAAAAGUUUACAAGAAAGUUCUUCAAAAACAUUGAAAAUCAGAAAUCCACAAGAAAGAUUCACGAGAAAGUUCAACCCAAGAUUAGUAAAAGUCUACAAGGUUUACUAAAAAUGUCGAAAGAUCCAAAAAAAGGUCACUUACUAAUAAAGCACCAAAAGAAACUUGGAAAAAACAUCUAA